CCACCGAUUACCAUCUAACAUUUUUCUCCUUUGUUACUUACUACUACCACCACUUAUAUGUCUGUCUCACUACCUAUUACCAUGCGCAUGCGUCAGUAUGGAUGAUGCAUUGUCUAUUUUGCAUGAUCAUAAAAUAAUGGCGUCUGCGAUGGAUUAAACUGACGGACUGUGAUUGAUUGAUUGAUAGAGCUGUACUGCGUACACUACUUGCUUGCUUGCUUGCUUAUUUACUACAUGCGGUAUCUUGUUAUCUGUUGUUAUUGCUGGCUACUGUAUCUUUUCCUUGAUUUCAUUUUUGGAUAUUACCUGCUGCUGCUUCUGCUGCGCUGCCAAUUCAUUUACUUGUUUCUCAUUAGCUUAGCUUUGCUUUUCAUGUCCGUUCCCAGUGGGCUCCUUUCUCUGGCUGUGAUGAUAUCCCGAUGUAAGCAUAUAAUGGAUUGCAGCUUAGUGUGUGUGUGUGCAUUGCAUGUAUUUAAUAGUACCAUUGCAUUAGUGCUACUAGUAGUAGUACUAGUAGUAGUGCUAGUAAAGUAUAGAAUACUAGAAUUAGCGAAAGCGAAGAAGAAGAAUUGAAGACAAUCUGAACCAACUAACUGAACCAAGGCUUGAAACCGGGUAUAAUAUAUAAUAUUACUCCGUAGUAGCG